AUGGGCUUACUCAACCGAAAAGCCAAACAACCAGCCAAGGAUCCCUCUCCAAACGAUGGCGUUGCUGAAAAGGCGAAUGGGUCAUCCACCCCUCCUUCUCCUGGCGGAGUCCUCCCCCAAUUCAACCACAAUGGACAUGAAGUCACACCUGGCAUUCAUCCAGACGGAGAAAGUGGUCGACGUGGAAUUCACCCUGUUGAAUUCACCAGAAUAAUAUGGAAGUCGUCCAGCACGGUAUCCAGUUGGGUCAACGUGCUUUGGCCUUUCGUUCCCGCAGCUAUUGCCCUCCAUUUCGUCAAAGGCGACCACCAUCUUUGGACGUUUGCCAUCAAUUAUAUUGCCAUGGUACCUGCGGCCAACCUUUUGGGUUUCGCGGGGCAAGAAUUGGCAAGGAAGCUUCCCAAGGUGGCCGGCAUCAUCAUUGAGACGACGUUGGGCUCGGUCGUGGAGAUUGUGCUGUUCAUGGUCCUGAUCGCUAAAGACAAUGGCACGGGAGAACCCGGUCACGGGAAUAAGAUCCAGGUGAUUCAAGCUGCCAUUCUCGGGUCCAUAUUGACCAAUCUCUUGCUCUGUUUGGGAUUCUGCUUCUUGGUAGGAGGUCUGAAGCACAAGGAGCAAAAAUUCCACCCCAUCGUCAGUGAAGUUGGUUCGGGGCUCCUUCUGGUUGCCGGAUUUGCUCUCAUGAUUCCCAGUGCCUUUUUCGCUUCUCUCAGUGGUAGCACUGUCAGCGAGGGAGAAGGCUAUACGGAGGCAGACCUCCGCAACGACACCCUCCAUAUCAGCCAUGGAGUCUCCAUCAUUCUCAUCAUCGCUUUCCUUCUUUAUCUCAUCUACAAUUGCGUCUCGCACGAUAAUAUCUUCCAAGAAGUCCUCGAGGGCGAUGAGGAGGCGGAUCGAGACCGGCACAAGGAUCUGAGAAAGGCUAAAUUGACCAUGACCGAAUGCAUUGUGGCGAUUGUUUUGGCGUUGACUUUCAUCUCUCUCAUUGCGGUGUUUCUGGUAGAGGAAAUCGAGUAUGUCGUUGAGCACGGCGUUCCGGACAAUUUCUUGGGCUUGAUUCUGGUGCCGUUGGUAGAAAAGGCUGCCGAACAUCUGACCGCAGUUGAUGAGGCCCAUGACAACCAGAUUAACUUCGCUCUCUAUCACUGUCUCGGGCCCUCGAUUCAGACCGCGCUCUUCAACGCGCCUCUUGUUGUGAUCGUCGGAUGGGGUCUCGACAAGCCAAUGGAUCUGAAUUUUGAAGUGUUCAUGGUGGUCCUUCUUGUUUUGUCCAUUCUGGUGGUGGGAAAUUUCUUGAGAGACGGCUCCUCCAACUACCUGGAGGGAGGACUCCUGGUGAUCGUCUAUAUCAUCAUUGCUGUCACAGCAUACUAUUAUCCCAACGCCGAAUUGACCACCUCGAACGGACGUGCGACCACCGAAGGCACUGGAGAAGGAACAGAGGCAUUGAUUCAUGUCGCCGCGAAGAUGGUGAUGUCUUGA